UUUGGACAACCUCAGUAUUUGCCUGCUGUCUCCUAGUCAACCGUGCUUCCUGAAAUGGAAUGAAGCUGAAAAAUCACCUGCUUUUUUGUGAAUCUGAAGGAAGAUUGGGAUGAUCUCAAGUAACUAGAUUCUAACUGCAGCGAUGAGUUCAGACGAGAAGGGUGUGUCGCCUGCUCAUAAAACAUCCACUCCAACCCAUAGAAGUGCCUCCUCUUCAACAUCCUCCCAGAGGGACAGUAGGCAGAGUAUCCACAUCUUGGAGAGAACAGCGUCCUCUAGCACCGAGCCCUCUGUAAGUCGGCAGUUGCUAGAACCGGAGCCCAUCCCCCUCUCCAAGGAAGCUGACAGCUGGGAAAUUAUAGAAGGGCUGAAAAUAGGUCAAACUAAUGUCCAGAAACCAGACAAACACGAAGGCUUUAUGUUGAAGAAGAGAAAAUGGCCUUUAAAAGGCUGGCACAAGCGUUUUUUUGUCCUGGAUAAUGGAAUGUUAAAGUAUUCAAAGGCACCACUUGAUAUUCAAAAAGGGAAGGUCCAUGGGAGCAUAGAUGUCGGACUAUCUGUAAUGUCAAUUAAAAAGAAAGCACGGAGAAUAGACCUUGACACGGAAGAGCACAUCUACCAUUUGAAGGUGAAGUCCCAGGACUGGUUUGAUGCCUGGGUUUCCAAGCUGCGCCAUCAUCGGCUGUACCGUCAGAAUGAAAUUGUGAGAUCACCAAGAGAUGCUAGUUUUCACAUAUUUCCUGCAACUUCCACAGCGGAGUCCUCCCCAGCUGCGAAUGUUUCUGUUGUUGAUGGAAAGGUGCAACCCAACAACUUUCCUUGGCAGUCUCCCCUGCCAUGUAGCAAUAGCCUCCCUGCAACCUGUACAACUGGCCAGAGCAAAGUGGCAGCCUGGUUACAGGACUCGGAAGAAAUGGACAGGUGUGCAGAAGAUCUUGCACACUGCCAGUCUAACCUUGUGGAACUUAGCAAACUCCUGCAAAACUUAGAAAUACUUCAGAGAACUCAGUCAGCACCAAACUUUACUGACAUGCAGGAAGGGCCACCCGCGAAGGGCCAGUUCAGCACAACUCGGCGCCGGCAGAGGCUAGCAGCAGCAGUGGCUACAACAGUUCCUUUCAGUGCCACCAUGUCACCAGUUCGCUUGCAUUCCUCCAACCCCAACCUUUGUGCAGAUAUUGAAUUUCAGACUCCCCCCAGCCACCUCACUGACCCUCUGGAAAGUUCAACAGAUUAUACAAAGCUGCAAGAAGAAUUUUGUCUCAUUGCACAGAAAGUACAUUCUCUUUUGAAGUCUGCAUUUAAUAGCAUAGCUAUUGAGAAAGAGAAGCUGAAGCAGAUGGUUUCUGAGCAGGAUCACAAUAAAGGCCACAGCUCGCAGAUGGCCCGGCUCCGACAGUCACUGUCUCAGAGUGAAGGAGCAAGCAAAUCCUGGGCACUCAACCAGAACGCUGAAUUAAGGAGUCGGUUGAACAGAAUACACUCAGAGUCUAUUAUUUGUGAUCAGGUUGUCAGUGUAAAUAUUAUUCCUAGCCCUGAUGAGCCUGGUGAGCAAAUCCAUGUCAGUCUCCCCCUUUCACAGCAAGUAGCCAAUGAGAGCCGCCUCUCCAUGUCAGAGUCUGUGUCUGAGUUCUUCGAUGCUCAAGAGGUGCUCCUCUCUGCAAGUUCAUCAGAGAAUGAGGCUUCAGAUGACGAGUCUUACAUCAGCGAUGUGAGCGAUAAUAUAUCUGAAGACAACACCAGUGUUGCGGACAAUAUUUCUCGGCAAAUCCUGAAUGGGGAGCUCACAGGAGGCGCCUUCAGAAAUGGCCGUCGAACCUGCCUGCCUGCUCCUUGUCCUGACACUAGUAACAUCAACCUGUGGAAUAUCUUGAGAAACAACAUCGGUAAAGACCUGUCGAAAGUCUCGAUGCCUGUGGAGCUCAACGAGCCGCUCAACACCCUGCAGCAUCUCUGUGAGGAAAUUGAAUACAGUGAGCUGCUGGACAAGGCCUCAGAGACUGAUGAUCCCUACGAGCGCAUGGUUCUCGUUGCUGCGUUUGCAGUUUCAGGAUAUUGCUCCACCUACUUCAGAGCAGGAAGUAAGCCAUUCAACCCAGUCCUCGGGGAGACUUAUGAAUGCAUUAGAGAAGACAAAGGAUUCCGAUUUUUCUCAGAACAAGUUAGCCAUCAUCCACCCAUUUCUGCCUGUCACUGUGAAUCAAAGAAUUUUGUGUUUUGGCAAGAUAUCAGAUGGAAAAACAAGUUCUGGGGGAAGUCCAUGGAAAUCCUGCCAGUUGGAACACUGAAUGUCAUGCUUCCAAAGUAUGGAGAUUACUAUGUGUGGAACAAGGUGACCACAUGCAUUCACAACAUCCUCAGUGGGAGGAGAUGGAUAGAGCAUUAUGGAGAAAUAACAAUUAGAAAUACCAAAAGCAGCGUUUGCAUUUGCAAACUCACAUUUGUCAAGGUGAAUUAUUGGAAUUCCAACGUGAAUGAAGUCCAGGGGGUUGUGAUGGAUCAGGAAGGAAAGGUAGUGCACCGGCUAUUUGGGAAGUGGCACGAAGGUCUCUAUUGUGGUGUGGCCCCCUCUGCAAAGUGCAUCUGGAGACCAGGUUCCAUGCCAACCAACUAUGAGCUCUACUAUGGCUUCACACGGUUUGCUAUUGAGCUCAAUGAGUUAGAUCCUGUACUAAAAGAUCUCCUUCCACCGACAGACGCCCGGUUUCGGCCAGAUCAAAGAUUUUUGGAAGAAGGGAAUUUAGAAGCUGCAGCGGCAGAGAAGCAAAGAGUAGAGGAACUCCAGAGAUCUCGAAGACGAUAUAUGGAAGAAAACAACCUUGAACAUAUACCAAAAUUUUUUAAAAAAGUUAUUGAUGCAAAUCAAAGAGAAGCCUGGGUUUCCAACGACACCUACUGGGAGCUUCGAAAGGACCCUGGGUUUAGCAAAGUAGACAGCCCUGUUCUCUGGUAAACUGGGAACAUAGAGCUAGCCCACAUAUCACACUCUGAAUGAAUAAAUAACUAUGCACAAUUAUGUUUCUUAUAGCUACGCGUGGUUUCUGGGUCGACUGAAAACCUACCAUUUGCUUUUCUAUUCAUCUUUAUAAUGGACUUUCAAAAGUGCAUUAGACAAGGCCCCUAACCACUUUUGGAUCCUUUCUGUUUUGCUGCAACCAUAUUCCUUAAAACAAAACAAAACAAGUCUACACCCGUCUCAGAAAGCAGAAUAAAAAGGAGCAGAGUACAAAAUCCAAAGUCUGAAGAAUUUGUAAAGAAAAAAAAAACAAACUGUAACCGGUGCUUAAAGCUGAUCAAGAAAGUAAAAACAACACACAAACCACAUGUUUGGUCUAUUGUCCGGAAGCACCAUCCCCUUGUCACAGGAGCUCCUGGGCCCCAGCAGUUGGUUGGUUCAGACUUCAAGUAAUUUUUGAUGUGGUGUGCUUGUGGCUGGCCUCCUUAUAAAAGACAUGAUGCUUCCCAGAACCUGUUCCAUCUGUAUGCCAUUGUUCAUGCCUUAAAAAAUGCAAAGAUGUACAAUAAACCAUUUUUUAAAUGUGUACUCAUAGGUUUAUGUGAAGGACAGAUCUUUUGAAUCAUGGCAUGAUUCACUUUCUCAAUCAGAACAAUGAUUUGACUGACACGUGGACUGAAAAUUGUUACAUUGACACGUCAGUUACCAUCUGGUGUAUCUGAAGGUCAAGAAGGAAAAGGUGCGCUAAGUAGAUCUCUGUAUUCACGUUGCUCGUUAAGUUCCUGUCCUGCGUUCAGAUAAUAAACCAUCCCUCUUCCA